ACAUUUCAGAAUGACUGCCCGACCAUUAUCGCAAGCCCUCCGUGCCCGUUGCCUUCGUCGAGGGCCCCAGAGCGUCCAUGGUUUCUCUACUCGGAGUGCCCUGCGCUCUGCUGACCACUACGACCCUCCCAGCGGUUAUCUGUUCGGUGUCAAGCCCGGCCAGAAGUACGUGAAGGAAGGCUGGGAGAACAUUUGGUACUACGGAUUCAUUGGCAGCUUGCUCGUGGCUGGCGUCGCAUAUGUUUUCAAGCCUGAUACCUCGUAUGUACACCCUGUUUCCUCUUCAUCUGCACCGAUAGGGAUGAUCCCUAAGAGCGAGCGAAUCAACGUUGAGAAUUGACAUGCUAAAAAACUCUGUAGGAUACAGACAUGGGCCUUGGAAGAAGCGCGACGGAGGCUGGAAGCUGAGGGCAUCCUGGAGGAUCCCCAGAGGAAGUAACAGCUUUUUCGUCUCCAGA